AUGAGUGUACUUUCACGUUUGACGGGUAGAUACACGUCCCGAGUACUGGGUACAAAAAACGGGCUUCGAAAAGGAGCAUUUUUGGCCAGCACUUCAUUGGUUUUAAGUUAUGCGUUGUGGGACCACAGAGUGGUGUCUUGUGAGAGUGUGAAGGGUAUCAAACAGUUCAGUUCCAAGCCUGGUGAACGAGAGCCCGAGUCCGGAAGUAGCACUAUCUCUUUACUCUCGGAUCAGCAGGUCACACAACGUCUGCGACAGCUGGAUCAGAGCUAUUACGUCCAAAGAGGUCGUGGCGUGGUGAGAUACGACACAGCACAAUUGCCGUCAAAUUCACCCAUAGAAGACACACAUGUGGAGCAGGUCAUCACGGUGCCAGGAAAACAGCCCGGCAGCGACGAAGACCUGUAUUUUUUCGGCAUAUUCGACGGCCACAGCGGACCUUAUACCAGCACUAAAUUGGCGCAAGUACUGGUUCCAUAUGUGGCUCAUCAGCUGGGACAGGUUUACGGCGGUCUGGGGUCGCACUCGGCUUCGUCUGAUGCAGUAGACACAGCGAUCACCUCGGCUUUCACGGCCUUGGACCGCGACCUCGUGCUCGGGUCUUUGCACAAGCUUUUCACCGACCCAACCAAGAACAACCUGGUCAACGCAUUGCCUGCCAUUUCCGGGUCCUGUGCGCUUCUAACAAUGUUUGACUCUGCGAAUUCGGUGCUGAAAUGCGCAGUUACCGGUGACUCCAGAGCACUCGUAGGAUUUCAGGACUCCGAAAGCAAAUGGUCUAUAAAAGCGGUUUCUGUAGACCAGACCGGCGAUAAUCCCGAAGAAGUGGCACGCAUUAGACAAGAGCACCCUGGCGAGCCUGGUGCGGUGCGCAAUGGCCGCGUUUUGGGAUCCCUGCAGCCUUCAAGAGCAUUUGGUGACUACCGUUACAAAGUCAAGGAACUGGGCGGGAAGACGGUGCGGGAUCUUCCAGACCAUUUGAAAGUUUACUUUCGUCGUGAACCUAGAGACUUCAAAACUCCGCCAUACGUGACUGCUGAGCCAGUGAUCACAACCACACAGGUUAGCGACAACGCCAAGUUCAUGGUACUGGCCUCGGACGGUUUGUUUGAGCUUCUAGAGAAUGAAGAAAUAAAAGAUUUGGUAGUCGACUGGAUGAACAAAGAAAAGGGUUUGAAGGCCAAGCAGCCCAAAUCGUUGCUCGAAGACAAAAACGCCGCAACACACCUGAUACGGAACGCGUUGAGCGCCGGCGGACAGCGCGACUAUGUUUCCACGCUAGUAAGCAUUCCAUCCCCAAUGAGUCGCAAAUACAGGGACGAUCUCACCGUGACUGUUGUAUUCUUCGGCCAAGCCGAACCCGGUGAAAUAACGGGACAACUCGAAUUGAACUACGAGGCCACCGCACCACUCAAGCCAAAACUUUGA